UUCUGGUCAUUUUCUUUGAACUUCAGUUAAGAGUUUCAGACAAGAAUCUCCAAUAUAUAGCUCGACAGAAAUUGCGAAAUAUCACAACUGAGAAAAGCAAUGACAAGCCAACUGAAAUACGUUUCCGAAGAGAUGGAAAUGGAGAAAGAGCAAGGACUGGAAUGGAUCGAAGCUCAAAAGAUCGAAAUUAGUUUGGACCUUGCAGGUGCUGCCAAGAACCAGCUUGAAUUCCUCGCUGCUGUCGAUAGGAACCGUUGGCUCUACGAUGGCCCUACUCUCCAUAGAGCCAUUUACAGGUACAAUGCUUACUGGCUUCCCUUGCUAGCUAAAUGUUAUGAAGAACCCAUUUUGGAAGGGCCUUUGGUUGUUCCUCUUGAUUGUGAAUGGAUUUGGCAUUGCCAUAGGCUAAACCCAGUUCGUUACAAGUCUGACUGUGAAGAACUCUAUGGGAAGAUCCUUGACAAUACUAAUGUUGUGUCUUCCCUUCGAGGCGCAUGUAAACGGAAAACCGAAGAAAUUUGGAACAGACUUUAUCCGAAUGAAGCUUAUGACUUUGAUUUCACCAAAGCCUUGUCUGAAAAUGCCUCUGAAACACUUUCUGGGCUUGAAAAACCCACUGAAUAUGAUCUAGUUUCAGCUGUUAAAAGGCAGAGUCCUUUCUUUUAUCAGGUAUCCAGAGCGCAUAUGAAUAACAAUAUCUUUAUCGAAGAAGCCGUAGCUAGGUAUAAGGGUUUCCUUCAUCUGAUCAAGAGGAAUCGAGAGAAUUCGACAAAGCGCUUUUGCGUUCCAACCUAUGACAUCGACCUUAUCUGGCACACACACCAGUUGCAUCCUGUCUCUUACUGCAAAGAUUUGAAUACAGUACUUGGUAAGAUAUUGGAGCAUGAUGAUACAGACUCAGACAGAACUAAGGGGAAGAAGCUUGAUGUCGGAUUUUCGGGGACUACUAAACAGUGGGAGAAUACAUUCGGCAAAAGAUACUCGAAGUCGGGGGCCAUGUAUAGAGGGAAUUCUCCAUCUCCUCUUGCAGCUAUUCCUUGCAUUCCCGACAUUUUACCUAAGAAAAUAGAUGCAACAAAUGAGUUUCCGAACAUUAUUAAGCUUCCUGAGAUGAGGAUUGUAGAGGUACUUUUGGAGAUUGUUGCAGUUAAGAACUUACCGGACGAAAAGAAGGGGAAUCUCUUUGUCUUGUUAAGUAAAACUCAACCCGAUGUAUUCUGUAAUACUAAGCAGAAACUGACUAUUUUAUCUGAGUCUGGGAAGAAACAGGUUCUUUUAUUUCAGUGUGAACCUACUGGUGAACUGCAUUUCGAACUCGUAUCAAAUUCAGCUUCCACUUUACCAGUAACAAAGACAUCCAAAACUCUAGGCACUGCUUCACUCUCCAUAGAAGAGUUUCUAGAUCCGGUUUCCAAACUUGCUGUGGAGAAAUGGUUGGACUUGGUACCCCCUUCUGGAAAUGGAUCUUCAAAACCGAUUGGCCUACGUGUUGCUGCUUCCUUCACAGUUCCUACAGCAGCACCACAUGUGCUUCACAUGGUUCGAUCCCAUCCUUUUUCGAAAGGUUCUUGUUUUCAGCUCCCACUUACCGGAACUGUCCCAAGUGGCAAGAGCUAUACCCGUGUCAUUGAUGAAACUCAAGCUGAGGUCAUAAGACUCCAAAUGAGGGAGUCCGGGAAGGCAAAGAUGAAAGAGAACAGCAUCUCGAGUAAGCAAGUAAUUGGUAUCACAAAGCAUGGAGAAACUCAUACAGUAGCAGAGUUUCUAGGGACUCAUUGGAAUUUGAUGAAUUCCCAAUGGGUUCUUCACAAUGCAGAAGUCGGUGAAAAUGGUCAUCUCUUUGAUCUCAAAGGCAAUAGGACGGUAAAGGUUUUUUCUGGUAGAAAACUGGAUUACGAACCCAAACAUUGUGAGAAGCGGAAGAACGAAGGUGACUUUAUGACUGCGGUUGAAUUUUCUGUUGAACAUCCAUACGGAAAAGCUGUUGCAUUGCUUAACUUGAAAUCUAGAUGCUUGAAGGCAAAGGAGGGAUGGUUUGUUUUGCCCGGAUUGGUAUCGAUGUUUAUACUUUCUCACAUUUUGAAGAAGGAAGGACGCUUUGGCUUCACUGUUGAUGGCAAAAGUACGAAAGAGAUAGAUGGUGCAACACGAAAGGUAAUUGUUGACAACGACCAGCAUGCCUCCAUGGAAACUGAAGUCCAUUCGGAUGUGACAUUAGAAAAUGCAGUGAUACCUAAAAAAGAUGGUUCAUGCAAUGGGGGCUGUGGAAGUGAGAAAGGCAACACGGUAAGCAGUGGUGGCUGCGGUGGUUGUGGUGCUGGAUGUGGAAACGUGGUGAAGAGUGGUGGUUGUGGUAGUGGCUGCGGCAGUGGAUGUGGGGGUGGUUGUGGUGCUGGAUGUGGAAACAUGGUGAAGAGUGGUGGCUGUGGUGGUGGCUGUGGUGGUGGUUGCGGUAGUGGGUGCGGGGGUGGUUGUGGAAGCAUAGUGAAUAGCGGCAGUUGUGGCUCUGGCUGUGGUGGGUGUGGCGGAGGUUGCGGAAGCAUGGUGAAUAGCAGUGGCUGUGGCUCUGGCUGUGGUGGGUGCGGCGGAGGUUGUGGAAGCAUGGUGAAUAGCAGUGGUUGUGGACUCAAGGAGGAGAGCAGUGGCUGUGGUGGUUGCGGUGGUUGUGGCGGUGGGUGUGGCAACCUUAUAAAUACCUGUGUCGGAACCGGAGGUGUGGUAAAAAGUAAUGGGUGUGAAAAUCCCACAUACAUGGAGGCGGCUAUAAAAGCUUGAUGGUCCAUGGGGAGUUUCACCAUUAUUCAUAAUGAUGGUCCAGUAAAUCAUUGCAUUUAUUGCUGCUUAUUUCCAUUUCCUCCUGGUGAAUAAGUACAGCUAUUAUUAUAUGAAGUUUGUAUAUUUCGCUUGUGUUUCUUUCAGAUUCUGGCUUUGCAUAUCUAUUUUCCUUCAAAAAUAAACUUUCCUGGAAAAAAAGUAUUACAAUACUCUGUAAUACAAUUAUCUAAAAGAUCUUGUUAAUGUCGAAUUUCAGUGAAUUAUCCCA